GGCACUUGCUGAUACUCUACUUGUUUAUGAAGUUUGUGAAACCAGAGACAGAAUGUGUCUGUUCUCUUUCUGAUGAUAGGUAAACAAGAAUAAUCAUCAAUGGGAGAAGGAAACCGAACCUCUGUAGCUGAAUUUAUCUUGCUGGGGCUUUCACAAGAUCCAAAGAUCCAGAUCGCAUUGUUCUGUGUUUUCCUGAUCAUUUACCUUAUUUCUGUAUUUGGAAAUCUGCUGAUAAUAAUCCUUAUCCAAAUUGACUCUCGACUUCACACACCCAUGUACUUUUUUCUUAAAAACUUGUCCUUUGCUGACCUCUGUUUCUCUACCAGCAUUGUACCCCAGAUGUUGAUCCAUUUCCUUGUGAAAAAGAAAAGCAUUUCCUUUGUUGGGUGUUCAACACAGAUAGUCGUCUUCCUCCUAGCAGGGUGUACAGAGUGUGUACUGCUGGCAGUGAUGUCCUAUGACCGGUACCUGGCUGUCUGCAAGCCCCUGCACUACUCCACUAUCAUGACCCAGAGAGUUUGUAUCCAGUUGGCUGUAGUAUCCUGGAUCAGCGGGGCAUCUGUGUGUGCAGUGGACAGUGCAUUUACAUUGUGUCUUCCCUACCAGGGACAGAAUGUAAUUAACCACUACUUCUGUGAACCACCUGCUCUCUUACAGCUGGCUUCUGCAGACACCUACAGUGCUGAGAUGGCCCUGUUUUCUAUGGGUGUGGUUAUCCUCCUAGCUCCUGUCUCCCUCAUCCUAGUCUCCUACUGGAAUAUCAUCUCCACUGUGAUCCAGAUGCAAUCUGAGGAGGGGAGGCUCAAGGUCUUCUCCACCUGUGGUUCCCACCUCACAGCCGUGGUUCUCUACUAUGGCUCAGGAAUAUUUGCCUACAUGAGACCUAAUUCCAAGACGAUGAGUCAAAAGGAUAAGGUCAUCUCUGUGUUCUAUUCCGUUAUGACUUCAAUGUUGAACCCCAUCAUUUACAGCCUGAGGAACAAGGACGUGAAGGGGGCUCUGAGGAAGCUGGCUGGAAGAUAGUCUGCCUUUGGAGCAAUGAUUACAGACAAUUUGAAAAGUAUUUGUAAUAUUGUGAUUGAUAAUGUCUAAUACUUUAAUAUUUUCUGUAAUUUUCUCAACAUACACUUUUAUUGAGCCCGUUGCUUUAACAUACUUGGGAGGUCUGUUAUUUCUAUUGUUAGUAUUGUAAAUACUGCUAUUCGUACACCCUAAUAAUUUGUAACUCUCUGAUCUGGAAAAGAUUUAAUUUGAGAGAUCAUAUAGUAGGUGUCAGGUAAAGUAGUAAGUCCUAAAAAAAUUGAAAGCACAAUCAAGUGUGAAUAGUGUUAUCACAAUUGUGUUAGGAACAGUGACUGGCAGAACUAAGAAUUGACCAACCUUGCUUUAAUAGUAACUGGGAAGUUAAUUAUGACAUUGUAAAAGAAUUUAAUAGGGGCUGGCAUUGUGGAGCACUGGGUUAAGCCACUACAUGUGAGGUCAGUAUAUCAUAUGGGCACUGGUUCCAGUUCCAGCUGCUCCACUUAAAAUUCAGCUCCCUGCUAGUGCACCUGGGAAAGCAGCCAAAAAUACCCCAAGUCCUUGGGUCCCUGAACCCACGUUGGGGAUCCAGAUGAAGCUCCUGGCUCCUGGCUUCGGUCUGGCCCAGCCCUGGCUGCUCAGCCAUUUGGGUAGUGUACCAGCAAAUGGAAGAUGUCUCUCUCUCUCUCUCUCUCUCU